GUGAGCAGUACAUUGGUCAAUCGCUAUGGAAGCCGACCAAUAGUUAUCCUGGGCGGUCUGAUGUGUGGGGCCUCCAUGGUAGCUGCUUCCUUUGGAAACACCAUCAUUUACCUCUACUUAUGCAUUGGUGUCAUUGCCGGUCGGGUCGCGGGGGAAGUAGCUUCAGCAAGGAUACCCAGACUUCCCUUUCGCCAGCCACUUAUUCCAGCUCUUCCGGAGGGAUCCCGGGGCGUUCCCAAGCCAGCCGAGAGACAUAGUCUCUCCAGUGUGUCCAAGGUCGUCCUCAGGGUCUCUCUCCGGUGGGACAUGCCCGGAACACUCAGCAGGGAGGCGUCCAGGAGGCAUACAAAUCAGAUGCCCCAGCCACGUCAUCUGGCUCCUCUCAAUGCGGAGGAGUAGCGGCUCAACACUCAGCCCCUCCCGGAUGACCGAGCUUCUCACGCUAUCUCUAAGGGAGAGCCCGGACACCCUGCGGAGGAAACUCAUUUCAACCGUUUGUAUGUGGGAUCUUGUUCUUUCAGUCACGACCCACAGCACAAGCCUAAAGAUGAGGGUAUGAACAUAGAUUGACUGGUAAAUUGAGAGCUUCCCCUUUCGACUUAGCUCCCUCUUUACCACAACGGACCGAUACAAAGUCCACAUCACUGCAGACGCUGCAGCGAUCCAUCUGUUGAUAUCCCUCAAUCAUGAACAAGACCCCAAGAUACUUGAACUCCUCCACUUGGGGAAGGAUCUCAUCCCAGACCUGGAGAGAGCACGCCACCCAUUUCCAACUGAGGACUAUAGUCUCAGAUUUGAAGGUGCUGAUUCUCAUCCCAGCCGCUUCACACUCUGCUGCGUAUCGCUCCAGUGACAGCUGGAGAUCACGGCUUGAUGAAGCCAACAGAACCACAUCUUCUGCAAAGAACAGAGAUGGGAUGCUGAGGCCACCGAAUCAGAUACGCUCUACGCCUCGGGUCAGUCUAGAAAUUCUGCCAAAAUCAAAACAGACAAAAUUGGUGACAAAGGGCAGCUUUGGUAGAGUCCAACUGUCACCGGAAACGAGUCCGACUUAUUCCCGGCAAUGCGGAACAAACUCUGACAGCUGUAGUACAGGGACCAAACAGCUCGUAUCAGAGGGUUCGGUACCCCAUACUCCCGAAGAACUCCCCACAAGACUCCCCGAGGGAGACGGUCGAAUCCCUUCUCCAAGUCCACAAAACAUAUGUAGACUGUUUGGGCGAACUCCUAUGUACCCUCGAGGAUCUGCCGUAGAUGUAGAGCUGGUUCACUGUUCCAGGGCCACAGGCACUGUCUCCAAUGUCCAUGUGAUGUUGCAGAGGCGUGUUAACCAGGACAGCCCCACAACAUUUAGGAACCCCGGGCGAAUCUCAUCCACGCCCGCGGGCCUGCCACCAAAGAGCUUUUUAACCACCUUGGUGACCUCAACCCUAGAGAUAGAAGAGCCCGCCUCAGACCACCCAGACUCAGCUUCCUCAUAGGAAGGCGUGUUGAAGGAAUUGAGGAGGUCUUCAAAGUAUUCUCCCCACCGACUCAAAACAUCCCGAGUUCAGGUCAGCAGCACUUCGCCCCCACUAUACACAGUGUUGACGGUGCACUGCUUCCCCUUACUGAGACGCCGGACGGUGGACCAGAAUUUCCUCGAAGCUGUCCUGAGGUCGUUCUCCAUGCCCUAACCAAACUCCUCCUACACCCGGAUUUUUGCCUCAGCGACUACCGAAGCUGCAUUCCGCUUGGCCAGCCAAUACCGAUCAACUGGCUUCGGAGUCCCACAGGUCAGAAAUGCCCGAUAGCACUCUUUCUUCAGCUUGACAGCAUCCCUCACUUUUGGUGUCCACCAACGUGUUCGUGGGUUGCCGCUACGAUAGGCACUGACCACCUUACGGCCACAGCUCUGUUCGGCUGCCUCAGCAAUGGAGGUGCUAAACAUCGUCAACUCGGACUCAAUGUCCCCCGCCUCCUCUGGGACGUGAGCAAACUUCUUUCGGAGGUGGGAAUUGAAAUUCCUUCUGACAGGGGAAUCUGCCAGCCGUUCCCAGCAGACCCUCAAUACGUUUGGGCCUGGCCCAUCGGACUGGCAUCUUCCCCCACCAUCAGAGCCAACUCACCACCAGGUGGUGAUCAUUGAACAGCUCCAGCCCUCUCUUCACCCAAGUGUCCAAGACAUGCUGUCGCAAGUCCGAUGACAUGACCACAAGGUCGAUCAUCGAACUGCAACCCAGGGUGUCCUGGUACCAAGUGGACAUGUGAACACUCUUAUGCCUGAACAUUGUGUUUGUUAUGGACAAUCUGUGAUGAGCACAGAAGUCCAGGUGCAGGUCCAGGUCCAGGACCUGUUUGUCAUUGGUGACCCUACAAGGGGCAUGAAGCCCCAGACAACCCCAGCUCCUAGGAUCAUCGGCUGCGGCCUCGCCUUAAACCUGAAUGCAUCUCUCACCAUCAUCAGCAAGUACUUUCUGGCCAAGCGUCCUUUAGCCAAUGGUCUGGCAAUGGCAGGGAGUCCUGUGUUUUUGUGCUUCCUCGCCCCUCUUAAUCAAUAUCUCCAGGACAAGUUUGGAUGGAGGGGAGGUCUUCUUAUCCUAGGGGCUUUGAUGCUAAACAGUUGUGUUGCUGGGGCCUUGAUGAGACCUCUUGGUUCCUGUAGUUCAUCAUCUCGUGCACAACAGAAAAAGUUUGAAGAACAGUCAAAUAACGGAAACAACAAGCAAUGGAGAAAAAGCUGUGGAAGUCGUUUCAAGAAAAUAUUAGCUUGGUCCUUCUUCAAAGAUCGAGGCUUUGUAAUUUACCUCAUUGGGAACAUAAUGUUCAUUUUUGGUGCCUAUGCGCCUAUUGUCUUCCUGUCAGCCUAUGCUGUUACUCAUGGUGUCGACCAAUACUCAGCAUCAUAUCUACUCUCCAUUAUGGGUUUUGUGGACAUGAUUGUUCGGCCUGGCACCGGCCUGAUUGCCAAUAGCAAGUGGAUCAGACCGAGAGUUCAAUACUUUUUCAGCUUUGCCAUGGUUUUCAAUGGCAUGUGCCACUUACUAUGCCCACUGAUCACAAACUAUACCUUCUUGGUGGUCUAUGCUGUUUUUUUUGGUGUGGGUUUCGGAAUGGUUUUUGCCCUCAUAUUUGAGUGCCUGAUGGAUCUGAUGGGAAAUCAACGCUUCCCGAGUGCUGUUGGACUGGUCACUAUCAUUGAGUGUGUCCCCAUGCUGCUUGGACCACCCACUGCAGCGUUGCUGGUGGAUAUAUUUGGUGACUACAAGUACCUCUUCUUCUUGUGUGGUGGAGUGAUUGUUACUGGUGGGAUCUUCCUUUUCAUCAUGAACAUUUACAACUAUCACAUGCUGGAAAAAGAGAGUGGUAGACAACCAAAUCCUAAUCAUAUACAAGUCGUAGACCAGGGUGAGAUGCUUAACACACUCAAUCACAGUUUUCUUAAAAAGGAGUAUGCAGUGCCUGACAUUAAAGAUGGGAGUGAGCCAGCGAUGUGUUGAAGGAGUCAAGUCGCUCCACUUCAUUUUUUUUCUUAUUUGCAUGGCCCCAAUGCAUCAGAGAGAGGUUUAUUUCAUGUCCAAUGAGCAAUUUUUAGCCAGACAAUUGAAAAUCCGAAUACACUCAGGAGGAUUAAUUCACUCUCCACAUGUCUUUAAAAGACCCGAUUUGUCAUGAAAAAUGGAUUUCACAGGUGCAAAGGAAAAGGAGCACUGUUAGCGGUGGCACGGGCCGCCGUUUACCCUGACACGAAGAUGGGUCAAGCGGGGAUGCGGGCGGCCAUGUGAAAGGAGCUCCCCCCCCACCGGCGUGAGAGCAACCCUGACAUAUUUACUUCACCCGGCAUGGGUCCUCCUGAGUAUGCCACAUGCACAAGACUUGUAAAAAUUUUAGGAAUUUGAACAGUUAUGGACCAGUCAUUUUUAAUAUUUCAUCGGGUUUCUCGUCCUCCAAGUCUGUCUGUUGGGGAGUCUUUUGUUAGUUAGAAGUGAUGCGCAUAUCGUCUAAAUAUAGCUCAGAACGAUAUGGUAAAAUAGCCGGAGUCGCUUCACUCGCUUCUGAGAUGUUCUCUUCCUCAAAAAGAGCUUCAGUGUCAGAAGGGGUGUCAUAAAAAUCCAAAAAUAGCUUUUUCAUCAGCCAUUGCAUUUGCAACGCGUGUUGUCAGUGGCGACUGCCCCAGUAUAAUGCCUGCUUGUGACGUCACAUGACGCCACAGACAAUGUGUCCCACCACUGUGAUGUCGAGUCAUACUUUUGCAACUUUGCGCUUUAAUAAAACGCUCCCAGCUCACUUUUUCUGACUCGUAUUAUCAUGCUUAAUAUUACAUGUAGUUUUGAUAACAAUGCCCAUUUUAAAACGUAUAUUUUGGUGUCAGUGGCACUUUAAAUUAAUUUAAACCCUUCUCCUAAACCUCUAGCCUUACUGCCUUUCCACCUUCUCUUUUGGAUGCAUAAUAAAUCAACCUUUGUUCUACAGUGAAGAAAAUAAGUAUUUGAACAGCAAGUUCACCCACUUAGAAAUCAUGGAGGGGUCUGAAAUUUACAUCAAAGGUGCAUCUCCACUGUGGGAGAGGUAAUCUAAAAAUAAAAAUCCAGAAAUCACAUUGUAUGAUUAUUUUUUUUAACGAUUUAUUUGUGUUAUACAACUGCAAAUAAGUAUUUGAACACCUGAGAAAACCAAUGUUGAUAUUUGGUACAGUAGCCUUUGUCUGCAGUUACAGAGGUCAAACAAUUCCUGGAGUUCUUCACCAGGUUUGCACACACUGCAGGAGGGAUUUUGGCCAUCUCCUCCACACAGAUCUUCUCUGGAUCAGACAGGUUUCUGGGCUGUCUCCCUCCAAAGAUUUUCUAUUGGGUUUAGGUCUGGAGACUGGCGAGGCCAUGCCAGAACAUUGAUAUGCUUCUUACGGAGCCAGUCCUUGGUUUUCCUGGCUGUGUGCUUUGGGUCAUUGUCAUGUUGAAAGACCCAACCACGACCCAUCUUCAGUGCUCUGACUGAGGGAAAGAGGUUUUUCCCCAAAAUCUCACAAUACAUGGCCGCGGUCAUCCUCUCAAUACAGUGCAGUUGUCCUGUCCCAUGUGCAGAAAAACACCACCAAGGCAUGAUGCUACUACCCCCAUGCUUUACAGUAUGGUUGGUGUUCUUGGGAUGGAACUCAUCAUUCGUCUUCCUCCAAACAUGGUUAGUGGAAUUAUGAACAAAAAGUUCCAUUUUGGUCUCAUCUAACCACAAAACUUUUUCCCAUGACUCCUGUGUAUCAUCCAAAUGGUCAAUGGCCAACUUAAGACGGGCCUUGACAUGUGCUGGUUUAAGCAGGGGAACCUUCCAUGCCAUGCAUGAUGUCAAAUCAUGAUUUCUUAGUGUAUUACCAACAGUCACCUUGGAAACGGUAGUCCCAGCUCUUUUCAGGUCAUUGAUCAAGUCCUGUCGUGUAGUCCUGGGCUGAUUCCUCACCUUUCUAAGGAUCAUUUAGACCCCAUGAGGUGAUAUCUUGCAUGGGCCUCCACUCCGAUUGAGAUUGACUGUCAUGUUUAGGUUCUUCUAUUUUCUAAUGAUUGCUCCAACAGUGGACCUUUUUUUCACCAAGCUGCAUGGCAAUUUCUCCGUAGCCCUUUCCAGCCAAUUUUGUCUCCUGGUGUCUUUGGACAGCUCUUUGGUCUCGGCCAUGUUAUCAGUUUGAGUCUUAUUGAUUGUAUGGGGUGGACAAGUGCCUUUAUGCAGCUAACGACCUCACACAGGUGCAUCUGAUUCAGGAUAAUACAUGGAGUGUAGGUGGACUUUUAAAGGUGGGCUAACAGGUCUUUGAAGGUCAGAAUUCUAGCUGAUUAGACAGGUGUUUGCAGCUGUAUCACAGAAAUAAAUCGUUAAAAAAUGCAUACAUUGUGAUUUCUGGAUUGGACAUGCACCUGUGAUGAAAAUGUCAGACCCCUCCAUGAUUUCUAAGUGGGGGAACUUGCAAUAUAGCAGGGUGUUCAAAUACUUAUUUUCUUCACUGUAUCAUCAUGUCAACCAACUCCUGAGCUUCAUAGUCCACACAUUUAAAGUCUGUCAUUUCCUCUUCUCUUUCGCUGAAAAACACUCUAUCCGCCACUCCUCCAUCCUCUAACCGCAGUAGCCCUGCAGUAGCCCGGCAGGUUAACGGUGCCGGGGGGACAUUGUUAACCUGGUCAUGUUUUAGGCCGAAUGCCCCACUUGACGCAACCCUCUGCGUUUAUCCAGGUUUGGGACUGGCAUACAGCACACCCCCAUUGGAAUCUCUUAGAGUAGUGAAAAGAAAAGAAAAUCACUGAUCCUCUUUUUCCAUAUUGAGCAUUCAUAAAAUAGCGAUUGAAUAGAUAAUAAUUGAUACUGUCUAUCGCCCAGCACUACUUGUAAUAUAUGUUUGCCAAUGCCGCUGCACUGUUGUGAAAAUGAGGGCAGGUAUAACAUUAUAUUUUUGUUUGUUUACAUUCCCUAGUUUAUCAAACAACAGUAUUUAUUUUGUUUUUGUUAAAUAAUUUUUUUAUUUUUUUUUUACAUCCAAAAAACAUGGCAAAAGCUAGAAAGGAUGAGAAUUUCAGUCAGCUUGUCUUUGUGAGACAUUCCAUUUACAUGGAAUACAUCAUUGUAGUGUGAGGCUCAGUAAACCUAGAAACACCUUAAUUUUUCAUAUUUGAGACUAAAAUGGUGCUUAAGUUGAAACGACUCUUUUGCCAAACUUUUUUUUUAACCUUUGAAUGCCUUCAUACUGGUAAAAAGUACUGUUUUUAAAGAAUCCCUGGAAGUCAAGAUUGGUCCUUCCCACAAAUCCCUCAAGACCUAUUGGGAAACGUACAGUAUAAUGUAUAAUUUGUUCACGAUGGAGCAUGUGUAAUGUGUCUUUCCUGAAUUCCAUUAAUCCAAAACAAAGCACACAGAAACAACCACUUGAUUGCUCUCUCGACAUUGUGCUUUCGAAGGUUCUCAGCAGUACAGCUCAUCUUCUCGUAGUUAAAGUUUAGUAUGUUCUGAGCUGGAAUGACUGAUCCAGUAUUUGCCAAGGAAGUAAGCUAUUUUGUUACAAGCUAAACACUUAAAAACAUCUCUUUUUGACAUGGUCUCCGUGAUGAAUGAAUGAUGGUUAAUAGUUUUGUUUUCAAUGUCACACUGGAUUUUGUAUACAUUAAUAAGAAAUGUCUAUGGAUUUUAGGAUAAAUUCCAUCUACUGAAUAAGACCUGACAGGAGGGUGAAGAAUAACGGGGGGGAAAAAAAACUAAAUUGUCAAUAACUGUCAUCCAAAUUGCUUUACAUUUUUGUUUUAUACAUGAUCCAUGGUGUCAGACACGCUUGGGUGGCACAGCAAAAUGAGCAGAUGGUUCACUGAACAUUAGCUAAUAAAUAAUCUGUCUCCAGACUGCUGCAUAUGUCGCUUAAACCUGGCAGGAGAUGGAAUAUGUGGUCAUGUCAUUUGUGAUUUGGAUUUUAUUGAUUGCUCAUGCUUUUCUUAACAUGCAUGAAUUUGGCCACAUACGUUCCUUUAUGUUAUGUUGCUAUGUCCUCACAUCAUUGUAUUGAGCCCUCCUCCAAUUUGUGAGAGUGUUUCCAAACAUAACUUGAAUGUGUUUGGGAAUCUGUACUUGUUAAAUGACUGUAUGCUGCCGAUAAAGGAAUAUUGUGAAUAAAUACAAAGUCGAUGUCAUGUUAUCUAGUGUAACUUUUUAAUUCUGCUAGCAACCAUUAUAUAAAUGAUUCCAUCAGUAACUUGAAAUGGAUUUGACUGAAUGCCUUUGUCGGUUUGCAAAACAGCUCAAUUAAAAGGAAUCGUUACCAUUAGUUGUAAAAUUCUUGUGCGAUUCAUAUA